AUCAGGUUUUGAAACUGACUUCCAGAGCUCCACUCCCUCCCUGCACCAUGCCCUACAACUGCUGCCUGCCCAGCCUGAGCUGCCGCACCAGCUGCUCCUCCCGGCCCUGCGUGCCCCCCAGCUGCCACGGCUGCACCCUGCCCGGGGCCUGCAACAUCCCCGCCAACGUGAGCAACUGCAACUGGUUCUGUGAGGGCUCCUUCAAUGGCAGCGAGAAGGAGACCAUGCAGUUCCUGAACGACCGCCUGGCCAGCUACCUGGAGAAGGUGCGUCAGCUGGAGCGGGAGAACGCGGAGCUGGAGCGCCUCAUCCGGGAGCGGUCCCAGCAGCAGGAGCCCUUGCUCAAUGUGGAGUCCCAGCUGGCGGAGAUCCGCGGUGACCUGGAGCGGCAGAACCAGGAGUACCAGGUGCUGCUGGACGUGCGUGCCCGGCUGGAAUGUGAGAUCAACACGUACCGGAGCCUGCUGGAGAGCGAGGACUGCAAGUGA